AUGGACCCGGAGUCCCUUCGCUCCGAGCUAUCUUCCUCUAUACCACCGGCACCAACAGUACCAACCACCCCCUCCAUAACCAUCUCCCUAACCCUAUCCACCACCUCUCCACCUUUCACCUCCUCCACCCCGCCCCAACUCACCACAGCCCUCCAUCUCCACAACUCCACCUCCCCCCUCACAAUCCGCGUGCGCGGAACCUCUCUCGUCCGCCCCCUGCACUGUACUGUCCUCAUCGACGCCGCCACCGGCGAAGUCCGGAAUCCCAAAUCAGCUAGUGGGCAAUUCAGAGGCCAUUCCUUGCGCUUCUGCCGGGCGAACAAGGACGGCUUCCUCACUUUGUACCCCGGCAAGCCGCAUAGCGUUACGUGCAGUUUCAGGUCCGAGGGCGCCAGACCGGGGGUCACGCCUCAGGACGCUCUGCGUAAAGCGGCUAGAGGUGUCUCGCUAGAGACGCUCAAUGCCGCGAUGAAUAACGACCCCAAUGCCAUGGAGCUUAUGGUAGAUGCUAGUCGUACUUCAAUGGGGCCAUUCGGAAUGGACGGGUGUGUGGUAGGGAGGGACUAUGUGUUGAGGGUUAAGGAGAAGAUGAGCGUGGGGUGGUGGCGGUACGGGGAGCUUGAAGAGUUGUUAAGCUUGUCCGAGGAGAUGGUGAGGGAGAGGGAAGCGGGAUGGGAGAGGGAGGGGAGCCAGGUCGGGAGAGGAGAGAAGCGUGAGGGGUUGGCUUCUGAGGGGGCCCGUUUGGUGGUGGGUGUGGAGGAAGGGAAAGGGGAGGUGACUUUCAGGGCCGUAGACUAG